AAAGGAGAAUUUGAAUCAAAUAGCGAUUUAUCAGAAUUCGAUUAUAUCAGUCGCCAUCAGGCCGGUAAAAAGUGCAAAUUUGGUGAAACAUGGUCUUCUGAUGACAAUUCCGAUGUUAGCAUUCGGCCAAAGAGGUUUACAAAAAGCAAGUCGAAGGGCAGCAUCAAUUAUCAGGAACCAAGCUCAGAUGAGGAUAUUGAUGCAGAUGAUGUUGCCGUAUGGAAGUAUGAAUAUGAGACUGACCCAAAUAUUCCUGAGCCAGAGACAAUUGAGAAAGUUAUUAACCAUCGCAUUGGUUAUCAUGGAGCUACUGGUUCGGCCACGACGUGUUAUAAUGUUGAAGAAAAAGGCGAUCCAAAUGUUCCUAAAGAUGGCUCAUCUCAGAUGCUUGAACAACAUUUCCUCAUCAAAUGGGUAGGAUGGUCACAUAUACAUAAUACAUGGGAAUCCGAAGAAAGCUUAAUUGCUGCAAAAGUUAAAGGAAUGAAAAAAAUUGAUAAUUAUAAAAGACGAUUACUAGAAUUUGAAGAAAUGUAA